UGUGUACAGUUUGUUGCAUGUCGGGAAGUACGCUAAACAUUUUGAACAGACAUACAUUCACGAAUUUCCCUUAUAUAUAGAUUAUAUAAUAUAAUAAAUAACAUUCUAAUUUUACAUUCCCGCUUAGCGCUUUGGCGGUCUUGUUCGUGUUUUUGACACUAUAUUAUAGACUGUGUACAUGUUUACUGUUUGAGUCAUACAUUCUAAAAUGUGUCACUUGACAAUCUGAACCCCCUUUCAGCGUUGGCCCCCGACAACCUGUAACGAGAUGUUUACGCUUUCAAGGAAUCAUAAAGGUAAACUAUUUUCAUAGAUAACGAGGACGAUGUUGAAAAUGAGACACAAAGAAAGCAACGGCAUUGUUAAAGACAGUGGAAGCAAGCUUAUCCGUAUGUGGAGGGACAGAAUGAAGUUCUGCAUUAUAUGUUUAUGAACAUACAAAGAGACAUGCCCUGGAAGCCGACACCACAUCCAGAAUGAAAACUUAAAACUCCGCCCCUGUCGCCUUGUGCGCUGAGCAGUUUCACAACCCGAUUUGUGCGCGCCGGUGUUCGCGGACUUUACAAGGAGCCUUUUAUUCAAAUAACAACAGUGAUUUUGAGAUCUAAUACUAGCACACGAUAAUACAAAGACACAUAAACACAAACACAUCACACAAACACACAUCACACGGAAGGAGAGACCACCGCUUCGAGAUCCAGGGUUUGACCGUCAGCUGCCUUCGCGGACCGAAUGUGUUUUGACAACAGGCUACAACUGCUCGAUUCACACGAGGAAGUUGCCAGGGCUCUGCCUGCCGCCGCACUGUGUACAGCAAGCAGCGCGCAUUUGACUCCCCCCGCCACUCGCCCUGCACCGCCCUCGGGCCGGGGAUUUCCACCAACUCGAGCACUUCCUCAAAGACGCACACACAAGACUAAGGACUGAAAUAAACUAAAAACGGUUGAAAUCGUGAAUUCUUGAAUGGAAAUUGAAUGUCACCCUGGAGCAAGAUCAUCACGCUGCUGAUAGCACUCCUUGUAAGAUAUGCCCGCGCUGCAGGAGAACUCGCCGUCCACACAGACAUGGAGGUUGCCAUCAAGGAGGGCAGCGACGCUCUCCUGUCGUGCACCUACGACUGCACGCCCCACGGGGACAACCACACGGUGGUGCAGUGGUGGAGAGUUAAAGAGGGUAACGUUGAACAGGUUUUCAUCAGAAACGGCAAGGAGGUGAACAACCACCCCCGAGUUCAAUGGAUGGGCAACCUGACCACGUGCAAUGCUUCCAUUGUGAUGCGCGAGGUGCUGUUGGAAGACUCGGCUCGGUAUCGCUGCGACGUCUUCCGCAUCCCCUCCUUCAACGAGGGGGGCAGCGUGGUGGAGCUGCACACGUUACCCUCCACAGAACUCAUCAUCUACGCACCAACUGAAGAGACCACCAUUGUUGGAAACGAUGUUCUUCUGAAGUGCACCUACUUCUGCAAAGGCCCCAGGGACAAGUUCACGCUGGUGCAGUGGUGGAGAAUUAGAGACGGCAGGGACGAGAAGAUCUUCAUAAAAAACGGCGAAGAUCACGUCGUCCACUCGCGGUUUGCGUGGCGUGGGAACGAGACAUCGUGCGACGCGUCCAUUGCCAUCACAAACGCGAGCCUCAGUGACGUGGCCCAUUACCGCUGCGAGGUCACUUACAUCCCGUCGUACAAACAAGGCAGGAAGGUGAUGCGUCUCAACGUGCAGGCGCCACCAGAUACACCAAUUCAAACAACGCCCAGAAUAAAUCCAGAAAUCAACAACUCGAUUCAAGAUAUAAAUACACGGAUCACAGUUAUUGUCGUUAUAGUAGUAUUUCUUUUUCUCGUCGCCUGCAUCUUCAUGUGCUUACGAUGUCGGAAACAUUUUUCACGAUGCCGACAACGAACGGAACAAAGCCACAACACAGGUGCUCCAGGAAAUGGAGGACGUAAUGAGGAGGAACCGGAGGUGAUUCCGUUGCAGAGAAAUCCCUAGUCUGCAGAUGCUGCGUCUUAACGUGUCGAGCUCAUGAGCGCCAACACCUAGAAAGAAGAGGCGACAUCCUGGCAGGUGGGGGGUUACCAACCCGACCUGACCAGCAGGGUGAAUUAUGAUUAAAAUAGGACUGCAAGAAGCCUCUGCAGCAGUUGGAAACCCCGAGCAUGUUUUACCAUAAUUUCUCACCUCCAGCCAGCGUUUCCCACUGCAGAGGCGUCUUGCAGUGCUACUUUCACAAUGUUUCCUCACGGUGAAAUGUGGUAAAGGUUUGUUGAAUAAAUCUAUAUCUCAGGGGCCAUUAGAUAAUAUUCCUUAGUUAUAUGAUGCCACUAAUUUCCAAGAGGUUUGCCCAAAGAAAAUUUAGUUGCGUCGGAAAUUAACGCUAAGAUUAUACAUUGCAAUACAGUAGAAAUGUAUUAUUGAUAUUAAUUCGUCAUCUUCAUCAUCAGCCGUGAUCUGUCUAUGACUGAAUGAAGGUUCUACCCCUAAGCCAUCAGUCACCAUCUCUCAGGGUCUGCCAGAUGCAACAAUCCAUCCUGGAGUUGCACACCAGCUGCUUUCAUUGCUCAUUGUGCUUCGUCUGCCACUCUGGCAUUAUUCGUCAUCAUAUGAAUGUAUGUUGACUUUCUUUUGCACAGUACCUAGCCAUCCGUGCUAAUCGGAGGUGCGGGUCAAGGAAAACAAACAAAAUACAAAAAGUAAAUGUAAAGACAUGAGUUUUCAAUCUAGAUGAUGUAAAAAUGUGUAGCUCCAAUGGCUUUAUAAUAUCGGAGGAAAGAGCAUUCCAGUUGACUGCAGAAGCGCAUCUGAAAGCGCACGAUGCAGUACACAAAAGCGUGGUCACCACAUCUACGCCUCUAUAUAAGGAA